CAAUUUUUAUUCACUUAUCUCUCUAAAAGCAAUAAAGUCUCUAUUUUUGUGCUCAAAGAUAGACAGAGAAGCAUAAAUACUUGUCCUCUGUGUAGUACAAAAGUGGAGCCCCACUGAGUGUGCCCUCACAGUAACGGCUACAUUUUUCUUUAUUUCCCUCUCUUGUUUUGAGUGAUUUUUUCAUCUUUACGAAGAUGGGUUCUUUUGUCCACUUAUUACUGUCCUGAAUCACACGUCGAAUCCAACGUGGCAUCUUACUCCAUUGUAUGCCAGCUCACUCACACUCACUCACCUCCCGCCUUUAUAAACUCCUUCCUCUCUCUCUUAUCUCCUUCAUUGAGUCAAGUGUUUGAGACUGUAGAGUGAAAGUUUGAUUUAAGAGAGAUUUAAAAAAAUGGUGGGUAUGGAUUUGUUCAAAUGUGUGAUGAUGAUUGUGGUGUUGGUUAUCUCUUGUGGUGAAGCUGUUUCUGGAGCUAAGUUCGAUGAGCUUUAUCGCUCAAGCUGGGCUAUGGAUCAUUGUGUCAACGAAGGCGAAGUCACAAAACUCAAGCUUGACAAUUACUCUGGAGCUGGGUUUGAAUCGAGAAGCAAAUACCUGUUUGGUAAAGUCUCUAUCCAGAUUAAGCUUGUCGAGGGAGAUUCAGCUGGAACAGUCACAGCUUUCUACAUGUCUUCUGAUGGUCCCAACCACAACGAAUUCGAUUUUGAGUUCUUGGGGAACAAAACCGGUGAGCCUUAUAUAGUCCAGACCAAUAUUUAUGUGAAUGGAGUUGGAAACAGAGAACAAAGACUCAACCUUUGGUUCGAUCCCACUACUGAGUUUCACACUUACUCAAUCCUCUGGAGUAAACGCAGUGUUGUAUUCAUGGUAGACGAAACUCCGAUUCGAGUCCAGAAGAAUCUUGAAGAUAAAGGUAUCCCAUUUGCUAAAGAUCAAGCAAUGGGAGUAUACAGUUCGAUUUGGAACGCUGAUGAUUGGGCAACACAAGGAGGUCUUGUGAAAACUGAUUGGAGUCACGCUCCUUUCGUUGCUUCUUACAAGGAAUUCCAAAUCGAUGCUUGUGAGAUUCCGACAACUUCUGAUCUAAGCAAGUGUAAUGGAGAUGACAAGUUUUGGUGGGAUGAACCAACUGUCUCUGAGCUUAGCCUUCAUCAGAAUCAUCAGCUUAUUUGGGUUCGAGCUAAUCAUAUGAUUUAUGAUUAUUGUUUUGAUGCUGCUAGGUUUCCUGUUACUCCUCUUGAGUGCCAACAUCAUCGUCAUUUGUAGUUUUAAUGUCGUCUUCUUUAAGGAAUUAGCCAAGAUAAAUGGAACAAGAGAACAUGUGGUGGCUCUUUGAUGAUUCUCUUUUAUGUAUAAAUAAUCAAUUUUCUAUUGAUUUUUGGUGAUCUUGGUUUGUAACUGAAAAUGCGAAAUUUGUGGAAACAAA